AUGGAAGAAGAGCAACGUGAAAAAGAACAACUCUAUAGUGAGAUCAGCCGUUUGAAGAACAGCUUAAAAAGAGAAAAAGAAGAAAAAGAACAACUCUAUAAUGAAAUCAACCGUUUGAAGAGCGAAAAAGAACUCGAUUACAAACCUAUUGUCAUCAACAAUCCGGGCCAAGACGUCAUGGAUAUACUUCGGAGUAGCGACAAUCCGGGCCAAGACGUAAUGGAUAUACUUUGGAGUAGUGACAAUCCGGGCCAAGACGUAAUGGAUAUACUUUGGAGUAGUGACAAUCCGGGCCAAGACGUCAUGGAUAUACUUUGGAGUAGUGACAAUCCGGCCCAAGAAGUCAUGAAUAUUCUUUGGAGUGAUGAUUUAACUCUUGGACAGUUUAAUGCACAUUAA